AUGGACUCUUCCCGCUCGGUGGUAUGGAUAGAGGACGUGGGAAGCGGCGACGACGAGUACGCUCAGGCUGCGGUGAUCAGGCGCCCGCCACCGCUGACUAUCGACCUGACCGGCCUCUCGUCCGAGGACGACGAGCCAAGUGCGCCUGCUGCUGGCAGUGCGCCUGCUUCUGCCGCGACGCGGAAGCGGCAGCGCUCGGAAUCGGGAGACGAGUCGGGAGUGGAGGCCAAGCGGCGGCGGACGGCGGCGGAAGCGGGAGCGGCUGGUGACGGUGGCGACGGUGGCGCGCGUUACGGGUUCCGGCUCAUCCGCCCGAGGAGAUUCGAGCCGGCGAGUCACGACGGGGGAUGGGUGCGGCUGGAGGAGCUAGUCCCGCCAGCCGACGAGCUCGAGGCGAUGGUUCUCACCUCGUACACCUUUGAUCUCGAGUGGCUGGCAAGCGCGAUACCGGCGCUGAUGGCCGUGCCGACGCUGGUGCUUGCGGAGGCGCGGGCGCUGCUUCCGUCGGCAGCGCAAGUGUGGGCCAAGGCGCUGAGCGGGCACGAAAGCGAGCCGCAUGUCCACGUCAUUUAUCCGCGGGUCCUUGGCUAUGGCACCCACCACACCAAGGCCAUGCUGUUCUUCUCGCCCGAUCGCGUGCGCGUCGUCAUCCACACUGCCAACAUGGAGCCCGGCGACUGGGAGAGCAAGAGCCAGGGUGUGUGGAGCGCCGACUUUGAACGCAAGGCUACCAGGUCUUCGUCGCCGACCUCACGGUUUGAGGCUGAUCUCAUUCGCUACUUUGAGCACCACUCGUUUGCCGAUCCUUGCGCGCUGCCACGCCUCCGUGCGUUUGUCCUCGAUCGUCUGCCAAGGUAUGAGUUUGGACCCGCCGACUCGCAUGUGAGGCUCAUCGCCUCGGUGCCCGGCUCGUAUCCCAGCCCUGGAUAUCUUCCACCUACAGGCGGCCAAGGGCGGCGGAUGACGUCGGCCACACCGUGGACGGCGUUCGGGCACUUGGCGCUGCGCUGCGCACUCGACGAGUGCGCUGCCCUUGCGAGUGGCCCCGAGACGUCCGACUCGAUUGCACUCCAAUGCUCGUCACUCGGCUCGAUGACCAAGAAGUGGUAUGCUGACCAGCUGCUGGCGUCGAUGGAGGCGCUGCCGGGCGGGCGCGGGCGAGCUGGGGCCGGCGCAACGCUGUACGUUCCAAGCGCCGAGACCGUGCGCAGCUCCGUCCAGGGCUAUGCAGGCGGCGGUUCACUGCCGAUCUUGUCGGCCAAGGUGCGGCGAGCGGUGAAGGCUGGCGUGGCCAUGGCAAGAUGGGACGCAGCAGCAUCCGGCCUUGUCCGCCACGUCCCGCACAUUAAGAGCUACGCGCGGGUGAGCGGCAAUGAUCCGCGCCGCCUCUGGUGGGUGCUCCUCACCUCGGCCAACCUCUCCAAACCGGCGUGGGGCGUCAUCGAGCGGGCAGGCACACCGUCGGCCUCGCUCCGGAUAGAGUCGUACGAGCUUGGUGUUGUCUUUCUCCCGCAAGUCGGCGAGGUGUUUGAGGCGUGUUUUGAGCCGCCGCCGCCGCCGAUCGACCCGCCCGGCUCGGACUCGGAUUCGAGCGAUGGCGAGGACGGGCCUGCCAUCGGAGCCGCCAAGGUGAUCCGCUUUCCACUCCCGCACCGUGUCGGGCGGCCAGAUCGGUUCGAGCACGUCGGCGAAGACCGCGAACUUGGCAUGGCCAACGAGCCGUGGAUGCGCGACAAACCGUACUCGAUGCCUGACCCGUUUGGCGUCUGCGACAAGCUUGACCAUAUGCACGCGCGGUAUACGGGGACCGGGUCGGCCGAGACCGACCGCGAGACGUGGGCAAAGGAGCAGGCCCGCGACACGACGGCCUCGUUCCUGGCACACCCGCCGCUGGGCCUCUACCUUGCGGUCGCACGCAACGACUCGGUGGCACGGGUCCGCUACGACCUGCUGCGCAGGCUGCCUGCCCCGCACAGCGCCCCUCCGCCGUCCGCAAACACCAUGCCGCCCGCUGAGGACGGCUAG